AUUCCGUUUAGUCUGUUAGUGGUUGCAGUUGUGUGGUCCCGUGACAAAUUUCAUUGGAACUUUCUACGGCCAGGAAAGACUGAUGUUUCCUGCUUCUCUCACUUCACACGCUCGUGGGCAGCAAGAAAACAGUCUCGUAAGCUUCGGGGGGUUUGGAGGGCUUUUGUCCGACUCACACCUGGAAAGAUGUUAGCUGUAAGGACAGUGUAAAUGUAAAAGAGCGACACAUUCCCCGACUGGACCAACGGAAAUAAAUGAACACCGACGUCAAAAUACUGUAAGUGACCCAGGGUGGGGAUGGGCCAGUUGUAUACUUGAAGUCAUAUCCUGAGGACCACACGUUACCUUGCGGCCUUGCGCUUUUGACUGCCGACAGCUUCUAAGAUGGAGGAGCAGCCCAGUCUCCCCAACGUCAGCAUACCCUGCCACAACGAGCAGAGGGACAAGAAAAAGCGUUACACAGUUUACAAAGUGAUGGUCAAUGUCGGGCGACAGGAAUGGUUUGUCUUCAGGCGUUAUGCAGAGUUUGAUAAACUCUACAACACUUUAAGGAAACAGUUUCCAUCUAAGAACUUGAAAAUUCCCGCCAAGAGGAUAUUUGGGGACAAUUUUGAGCCUGAGUUCAUCAAGCAAAGACGAGCAGGGUUACAUGAGUUCAUCAAACGCAUCGUCUCACAUCCGCAGCUUUGCAACCAUCCAGAUGUGAGGGCAUUUCUACAGAUGGACAAAAUGCAGAACCUUUCAGAUGCCUCUGAGGAUGAAGAUGAUAAAAACAACUCUACCUCCAGAAACAUUAACCUGGGACCCUCUGGAAAUCCACAUGCCAAGCCAACAGACUUUGACUUUUUAAAAGUCAUAGGAAAGGGAAGCUUUGGGAAGGUUUUCCUUGCAAAGCGAAGACAUGAUGGAAAGUAUUACGCAAUCAAGGUCUUACAGAAAAAGAUUAUUCUCAACAGAAAAGAGCAAAAACACAUUAUGGCAGAGCGCAAUGUGCUGCUGAAGAAUGUGAAACACCCUUUCCUGGUCGGGCUUCAUUAUUCCUUCCAGACCACAGACAAGUUAUACUUCGUCUUGGAUUUCGUCAAUGGAGGAGAACUUUUCUUCCAUCUCCAAAAAGAGCGGACUUUUCCAGAGCCCAGGGCAAAAUUCUACAUUGCUGAAAUGGCCAGUGCACUGGGAUAUCUGCACUCUCUCAACAUUGUUUACAGAGACUUGAAGCCAGAAAACAUCCUUCUUGACCAUGAAGGGCAUAUCAUUUUGACGGACUUUGGAUUGUGCAAGGAAGGCAUUUCCCAGACAGAUACCACCACUACAUUUUGUGGAACACCUGAGUACUUGGCUCCAGAGGUCCUGAGAAAGCAACCAUAUGAUAACACAGUAGAUUGGUGGUGCCUGGGUUCAGUGCUGUAUGAGAUGCUCUUUGGCCUGCCGCCAUUCUACAGCAGGGACACACAUGAAAUGUAUGACAACAUCCUUCACAAGCAGUUGGUGAUGCGCCCUGGUGCGUCCAGCACAGCCUGGUCCCUCCUCCAGGGGCUGCUGGAGAAAGACGGCAGAUACAGACUGGGCUCCAGGGAUGACUUUAGCGAGGUCAAAGCACACGCAUUUUUCUCCACCAUCAACUGGGAUGAUCUUGAACAGAAGAAGAUCCCUCCCCCAUUCACACCCAAAGUGAGCUCCUGCUGUGACAUCUCAAACUUCGACACCGAGUUCACAGAUGAGACGGUCCCCAACUCCGUCUGUUGGUCUCAAGAACAUUCCAUAGUCAACGCUAGUGUAAUGGAGGCUGACGAUGCCUUUGUGGGCUUUUCUUAUGCACCACCUUCUGAUGACUCUUUCCUAUGAAGUCCUCAUUUUAUUCCCAAUGAGGUCUUCAGUUGCCUUAACCACAGUAACUUCUUUUGACUAAAGGGAAGAAUUAUGAACUUGCUCUAUGAAGCCAAAGCAAGCAGCUGAGAAGAAACAGCACUUACAACAGAUUUUGGCUGGAACAAAAGUGUGCCAGGGAAAGUCUUAUAUUUUACCAAUUUGUAUUUAUAUAAAUAUAUAUAUGCACAUUCAUAACAAAUUGUAUUUUUAAGAAUUAAGGACAUCCAUCCUGUGCUCUUGUCGUUUCUAAAAUGAGCCUUUAAAUUUAGCCUUAAUUUGUCCCUUAAAUGGAAUAAGCAGUUUUCUGAAAAUAAUUCACUGGACUUAAAAAGAAAAAAAAAAGAACACCUCUUGACUGUCAGGUGGAAGUGCGUUUGUUCAUAUAAUUACUGUGCGAAUGAACAUUGUAUCAUAUUCAUUUUAUUAAAGCUGGAAAUAGGAAUUACUUGAGAGACCAUUGAAUAAAGCAUUUUUGGUUUAUAGGUCACAUCUGUCCUCCACACCUUCAGUUACUCCUCAGUUUGUCUUUGUGAAUACGGAGUUAAAUGUUUUUUAUCCGGUUAUUUGUGUUUAUUUUUUUUUUUGCUGACUUAACACAUUUGCAGAAAUUAAAAAUCCGCAAUGCUUUGCUUCGCCUGGCAAUUAAGUAGGCUUAUACUCCUGCACAGUAAUAAAAAAUAUCAAAGAAAGGUA